AUGAUCGCUAAUUAUCGUGAUAACAUGUCUUAUACGGAAGAUCAAAAGCUUACUUUGUCUCAAAUGAGACUUUUAAAAUCUGGUUUUGCUAUUGGUUCUGCUGGUGAUUAUCUUGGAUUACCUGCUGGAUUAGAUGUUGUUAAUGUUAAUAAGUUAGGUAAUUAUGAAACUGAUUUAGUUCUUGGUGGUGCUUUACCUCCAUUAAAUAAGCGUCAUGAUUUAUUUUCCAGUUGUCUUCCUGCUCCUCAACGUGGUGAGCCUGUGACUUUGAAUUUAGGUGGUCAAGCUAAGAUUUAUGGUGAUUUACCUGAUAAAUCUGUUUUUAUUAAUCGUGUUGGUGGUAAAAACGAGGAUGCUGUUCCAUAUACUAAAGAAGCUAUGUUUUCUGGUGCUACUAAUUCAGUUAAAGAGGCUAUUUUUCUUCCUCGUGAUACUUCUGUUGGUUCAUUUACACAUGUUAAUGGUGCAACUAGUUCUUAUUUAGCACAUGAUAUGGCUGAUAUUAAUGAAAUUCCUGCUAAUGCUGAAAAUUUAAAGUCUGGUGUUAGUGAUACUGGUUCUUCUAUUCCUACUAGUGCUACAUCACCUACUUUCGAUUAUGAACGUGGUCAAGAGGGUGAUGUAUAUGCUGCUUUAGAGGCUGCUGGUGUUAAUCCUCUUUUAGCAGUUUCUUCUGUUUCUAGUGGUGCUUCUACUCCUAGCGGUUCUGCUGCUCAUAGUGGAACAAAUGCUUCUGAAUCUAGUGGUAGAACUAGUUAUAUGUCUGGUAAUUCUGGAUCUGCUGUUAAAACGAUUGCUGGUAUUGCUGCUCCUAAUGGUGAUAUUAGUGGAUUGUCUGUUGCUUUCGAUCCUAAUGCUGCUCCUAUUGAUUAUUCUAAUGUCCAAAAUGUAGAACAAAUUAAAGAGCUUCAAAAUCGUUUAGCUGCUCAAGAUGAUGAUUUUGAAAAAAUGAUCGCUAAUUAUCGUGAUAACAUGUCUUAUACGGAAGAUCAAAAGCUUACUUUGUCUCAAAUGAGACUUUUAAAAUCUGGUUUUGCUAUUGGUUCUGCUGGUGAUUAUCUUGGAUUACCUGCUGGAUUAGAUGUUGUUAAUGUUAAUAAGUUAGGUAAUUAUGAAACUGAUUUAGUUCUUGGUGGUGCUUUACCUCCAUUAAAUAAGCGUCAUGAUUUAUUUUCCAGUUGUCUUCCUGCUCCUCAACGUGGUGAGCCUGUGACUUUGAAUUUAGGUGGUCAAGCUAAGAUUUAUGGUGAUUUACCUGAUAAAUCUGUUUUUAUUAAUCGUGUUGGUGGUAAAAACGAGGAUGCUGUUCCAUAUACUAAAGAAGCUAUGUUUUCUGGUGCUACUAAUUCAGUUAAAGAGGCUAUUUUUCUUCCUCGUGAUACUUCUGUUGGUUCAUUUACACAUGUUAAUGGUGCAACUAGUUCUUAUUUAGCACAUGAUAUGGCUGAUAUUAAUGAAAUUCCUGCUAAUGCUGAAAAUUUAAAGUCUGGUGUUAGUGAUACUGGUUCUUCUAUUCCUACUAGUGCUACAUCACCUACUUUCGAUUAUGAACGUGGUCAAGAGGGUGAUGUAUAUGCUGCUUUAGAGGCUGCUGGUGUUAAUCCUCUUUUAGCAGUUUCUUCUGUUUCUAGUGGUGCUUCUACUCCUAGCGGUUCUGCUGCUCAUAGUGGAACAAAUGCUUCUGAAUCUAGUGGUAGAACUAGUUAUAUGUCUGGUAAUUCUGGAUCUGCUGUUAAAACGAUUGCUGGUAUUGCUGCUCCUAAUGGUGAUAUUAGUGGAUUGUCUGUUGCUUUCGAUCCUAAUGCUGCUCCUAUUGAUUAUUCUAAUGUCCAAAAUGUAGAACAAAUUAAAGAGCUUCAAAAUCGUUUAGCUGCUCAAGAUGAUGAUUUUGAAAAAAUGAUCGCUAAUUAUCGUGAUAACAUGUCUUAUACGGAAGAUCAAAAGCUUACUUUGUCUCAAAUGAGACUUUUAAAAUCUGGUUUUGCUAUUGGUUCUGCUGGUGAUUAUCUUGGAUUACCUGCUGGAUUAGAUGUUGUUAAUGUUAAUAAGUUAGGUAAUUAUGAAACUGAUUUAGUUCUUGGUGGUGCUUUACCUCCAUUAAAUAAGCGUCAUGAUUUAUUUUCCAGUUGUCUUCCUGCUCCUCAACGUGGUGAGCCUGUGACUUUGAAUUUAGGUGGUCAAGCUAAGAUUUAUGGUGAUUUACCUGAUAAAUCUGUUUUUAUUAAUCGUGUUGGUGGUAAAAACGAGGAUGCUGUUCCAUAUACUAAAGAAGCUAUGUUUUCUGGUGCUACUAAUUCAGUUAAAGAGGCUAUUUUUCUUCCUCGUGAUACUUCUGUUGGUUCAUUUACACAUGUUAAUGGUGCAACUAGUUCUUAUUUAGCACAUGAUAUGGCUGAUAUUAAUGAAAUUCCUGCUAAUGCUGAAAAUUUAAAGUCUGGUGUUAGUGAUACUGGUUCUUCUAUUCCUACUAGUGCUACAUCACCUACUUUCGAUUAUGAACGUGGUCAAGAGGGUGAUGUAUAUGCUGCUUUAGAGGCUGCUGGUGUUAAUCCUCUUUUAGCAGUUUCUUCUGUUUCUAGUGGUGCUUCUACUCCUAGCGGUUCUGCUGCUCAUAGUGGAACAAAUGCUUCUGAAUCUAGUGGUAGAACUAGUUAUAUGUCUGGUAAUUCUGGAUCUGCUGUUAAAACGAUUGCUGGUAUUGCUGCUCCUAAUGGUGAUAUUAGUGGAUUGUCUGUUGCUUUCGAUCCUAAUGCUGCUCCUAUUGAUUAUUCUAAUGUCCAAAAUGUAGAACAAAUUAAAGAGCUUCAAAAUCGUUUAGCUGCUCAAGAUGAUGAUUUUGAAAAAAUGAUCGCUAAUUAUCGUGAUAACAUGUCUUAUACGGAAGAUCAAAAGCUUACUUUGUCUCAAAUGAGACUUUUAAAAUCUGGUUUUGCUAUUGGUUCUGCUGGUGAUUAUCUUGGAUUACCUGCUGGAUUAGAUGUUGUUAAUGUUAAUAAGUUAGGUAAUUAUGAAACUGAUUUAGUUCUUGGUGGUGCUUUACCUCCAUUAAAUAAGCGUCAUGAUUUAUUUUCCAGUUGUCUUCCUGCUCCUCAACGUGGUGAGCCUGUGACUUUGAAUUUAGGUGGUCAAGCUAAGAUUUAUGGUGAUUUACCUGAUAAAUCUGUUUUUAUUAAUCGUGUUGGUGGUAAAAACGAGGAUGCUGUUCCAUAUACUAAAGAAGCUAUGUUUUCUGGUGCUACUAAUUCAGUUAAAGAGGCUAUUUUUCUUCCUCGUGAUACUUCUGUUGGUUCAUUUACACAUGUUAAUGGUGCAACUAGUUCUUAUUUAGCACAUGAUAUGGCUGAUAUUAAUGAAAUUCCUGCUAAUGCUGAAAAUUUAAAGUCUGGUGUUAGUGAUACUGGUUCUUCUAUUCCUACUAGUGCUACAUCACCUACUUUCGAUUAUGAACGUGGUCAAGAGGGUGAUGUAUAUGCUGCUUUAGAGGCUGCUGGUGUUAAUCCUCUUUUAGCAGUUUCUUCUGUUUCUAGUGGUGCUUCUACUCCUAGCGGUUCUGCUGCUCAUAGUGGAACAAAUGCUUCUGAAUCUAGUGGUAGAACUAGUUAUAUGUCUGGUAAUUCUGGAUCUGCUGUUAAAACGAUUGCUGGUAUUGCUGCUCCUAAUGGUGAUAUUAGUGGAUUGUCUGUUGCUUUCGAUCCUAAUGCUGCUCCUAUUGAUUAUUCUAAUGUCCAAAAUGUAGAACAAAUUAAAGAGCUUCAAAAUCGUUUAGCUGCUCAAGAUGAUGAUUUUGAAAAAAUGAUCGCUAAUUAUCGUGAUAACAUGUCUUAUACGGAAGAUCAAAAGCUUACUUUGUCUCAAAUGAGACUUUUAAAAUCUGGUUUUGCUAUUGGUUCUGCUGGUGAUUAUCUUGGAUUACCUGCUGGAUUAGAUGUUGUUAAUGUUAAUAAGUUAGGUAAUUAUGAAACUGAUUUAGUUCUUGGUGGUGCUUUACCUCCAUUAAAUAAGCGUCAUGAUUUAUUUUCCAGUUGUCUUCCUGCUCCUCAACGUGGUGAGCCUGUGACUUUGAAUUUAGGUGGUCAAGCUAAGAUUUAUGGUGAUUUACCUGAUAAAUCUGUUUUUAUUAAUCGUGUUGGUGGUAAAAACGAGGAUGCUGUUCCAUAUACUAAAGAAGCUAUGUUUUCUGGUGCUACUAAUUCAGUUAAAGAGGCUAUUUUUCUUCCUCGUGAUACUUCUGUUGGUUCAUUUACACAUGUUAAUGGUGCAACUAGUUCUUAUUUAGCACAUGAUAUGGCUGAUAUUAAUGAAAUUCCUGCUAAUGCUGAAAAUUUAAAGUCUGGUGUUAGUGAUACUGGUUCUUCUAUUCCUACUAGUGCUACAUCACCUACUUUCGAUUAUGAACGUGGUCAAGAGGGUGAUGUAUAUGCUGCUUUAGAGGCUGCUGGUGUUAAUCCUCUUUUAGCAGUUUCUUCUGUUUCUAGUGGUGCUUCUACUCCUAGCGGUUCUGCUGCUCAUAGUGGAACAAAUGCUUCUGAAUCUAGUGGUAGAACUAGUUAUAUGUCUGGUAAUUCUGGAUCUGCUGUUAAAACGAUUGCUGGUAUUGCUGCUCCUAAUGGUGAUAUUAGUGGAUUGUCUGUUGCUUUCGAUCCUAAUGCUGCUCCUAUUGAUUAUUCUAAUGUCCAAAAUGUAGAACAAAUUAAAGAGCUUCAAAAUCGUUUAGCUGCUCAA